AUGCUGGCCAAUGGACACUCAUCUAAUCAGCCCGAAUCUGUUCUGAUCCGCACUCAUGGCCCUGACACGGACCGACCCAGCGGCCGGUCAACGACAUCAAAGGAUGUUGCAAGUGAUGAAAAACGUGAGGACCAAACAUUGGGGGAUACCCACUCGGUCGAAGCUCGCGAACAGCGCAACUACGAGUCAUUGGUUAGGAUUGCGGUCGAUGCUAUGCGAAAACUGACGAUGGCGGCGAGACAGGGCGACAUGGGUAGAAGCACCAUAAUCGCCCUUUGGACGAUAAGCCCCAGCCACAUCGUAAUGGAUUCGCAACGUAACAUCAACCGCGACCUCGUCCUCACAGGUUCGAGUAUCUCUAGCAGCAUAUCGUAG